ACAUUGCAUAGUUGGGCGAGUUAUCAACCCUCGCACCCUUUACGGCGGCAGUUAUCAAUCCUGAAACUGCUGACUUUUACGGCGUCAGCGGUUUCUUCCCUUCCACUGCCCCUCGUGUGGUAACGGAAACCAACGGCGCCGCAAACACCGCCUCGAUUUAUACCUAAAUCCGCGUCCCGAGACGAGCAACCGAUCCUUUUCCCAGGAUCGCUUCCCCAUCGAGUUUAAGGUCGAGAUCGAUCGAUAAAACCCUAAUCUUUUCCGAUAUUUCUCCCUCGGAAACCCUAAUUCCCCACCAGAUUCGCUUCAUUAUCCUUGGAGUUUCUCCGAGGUCGGGGGACCGGCGGUGAAACCCUCGUUUUCGAUUCCAGAGGCGAGGCGGGGAAGGAGGUGAAGGACGGGUACUGGUUUCCUCCUUGGAUGGGAGUGGAUUCGUGCGAAAGAUUGGACUUUGAGGCGAAACAGACACCUUUUAGAUCUUUGAGUCCUGUAGGUUGUGGGCGUUUCAGCUUCUCGUUUGCAGAACUCUCGUAUUUAUUGGUAAAAAUCCAAUGUUUUUUCUGUGGGUGUGGAAACCCUUUACAUCUGGGUUGGAAAAGAAGGGACCCCUAAUCUGAUCAUAUUGAAGUUUAUGAGAGAUAGGAAAAUUCCCAUUUGAGAACUCGAUCUAGAGAAAAUGCAGUCCAACACUAGAAUUCAUUCUGAUCCAUACCUCAGCGAGGACCAUUUUGAUCGGAUACCCGACCCUCUGGUGCUCCUCAUCUUCAACAAGCUAGCAGAUGUACGCUCCCUCGGCCGCUGCUCUGCUGUCUCAAAGCGCUUCAAUUCCCUCGUCCCCCUUGUCGAUGAUGUCUAUGUUAGGAUUGACCGUGUUGUUACUGUUGAUGGUGAUCCUGACGAGCCCCUAAACCUAUCUUCCCCGAAGCCCCGAAACCUCUUGUCCCACCUCCUGAAGCUCAUGCUCUUCACUAUUCUCAGACCCUUCCACCACCUUCAGAACCCCAGUGGUGGGAACAAAUCCCUCCUUCCUCAACUAUCCCACCACUCACCUGCCCAGGUCCUGAAGAACUUCGCCCACAUUCGCAACCUUAGGAUCGAACUCCCAGCCGGUGAUGUUGGAACAGAAGAUGGGAGCCUUUUGAAAUGGAAGGCAGAAUUUGGCAGCACUCUCCAGAACUGUGUCAUAUUGGGGGGCACUCGGAUGGACGGCAAACCAGCUUCUUCCAAUCAGGAGCAGCCGGCAGAAGACAAUGGGAGUAUACCUGAGUCGUUCUAUACAAAUGGUGGUCUAAAAUUGCGUGUUGUUUGGACAAUCAGCUCUCUGAUUGCUGCAUCAACGAGGCAUUACCUUCUUCGCCAGAUAAUCAAGGAUCACCCGACACUGAGGAGCUUGGUUUUGACAGAUGCUGAUGGGCAAGGGACACUAACCAUGGGGGUAGAGCAGCUGAGGGAGUUCAGAGAAAAGCCAUUGGCAGCCUCUGCAUCGUCAAGUAGGACUCAGGUGCCGGCGUCCAACAUGAAGUUGAGGUAUGCUCCAUACUUGGAGCUCCCUGAGGGAAUGGGAAUGCAGGGUGCUACACUAGUGGCAAUCAAGCCUGCUGGAGAGGGCAGCAGUGGCAACAAUAGCAGCAGGAAGGAGGUAGAGGCAUUCAUUUCUGGGGCCUUUGAUGGACCUUUCAAGGCGGCAGUGAAAGCAUUGGUGAAGCGGCGCACCUACCUUUUAGAAAUGAACGGUUUCUAGAUCAUUUAGCAUCAUGGCUGAGUUCUCUUGCCAUGGCUUUUGAUGGUUCAGUCGUUUGCUCCUUUUUAUCGAACCGUUUGCAGACUGCUACAUCUGCCAAGUCGAGGUCUUUACUGGUUAUCUUCUGUUGAUGAUCUUUUCCUUCUUUCCUAGAAUCUGUACAGUAAUAAUCUAUGGUCUACCUAUAAGCUAUAUUACAUAAGAAAGUAACUCUCGAUGUAUUUUUCUAUGUUAAUGAAAUAUGCUGCUGGCUUCUUGUGAAAAAGCAAUCACAAUGGCUGUUU